AUGUUGCAACUCAACACCGACUGCCAGAGACGAGUACUCAACUACAUAAACACCAGAAGUGAUCUGAGAUCACUAUGUUUGGUGUCAAAAGAGCUCAACCAACUCGCCCUCGAAAAGCUUUACAAGCGCAUCGACAUCCGCCUGUUCAGCGAAAACAACACUAACUACAUCCUUGAGCUACUCAAGGACGUAAAAGAGAACCUCCGGUAUACCAGAGAACUCGUCGUAGAGGAUGAGUGCAUCGCCGAGGAAACCACGUCUGUGCAGUACGGCAAUGUUGGACUACCUGACCUUAAAUGUUGGACCGGUACUGGCGCCACGAGUGCAGAUCCUGAAGUACGCGACAGCAAUCUUGAGCAGGUCUUGGAUCUCAUCCCGGCAAAUGCGCUUCGUACAUUCCGGUUCCUCGCGCGACGUCCGCUACCGUGGUGGCUGCAUAAGAAACUCGCAUCGAAACAGAGAAACAUCACAAACCUCCAAGUCAGUCUUAAUGUUGAUUCCGACGACAUAAACGAACCAAAAGAAGUACUGCUUCAACGCGACAACAAUUUGAAACGAUUGGACGUACAUAUCGCCGAUGGGCCACUCAACACCAUUUUACUCGACUAUUUCCAUUCCAUCGGAGAAAACCUGCAGUCCCUAUCUUUGAGCGCCCAACAUAGUAGUAACGUUUCCAAGAUGAUCUGGGAUAAUGUCUGGCACCCAACGCAGCCCAAACUUCCGCUGAAAGAACUCAGAUUAACCAGACUAAGGCUUAGGGAGAUGUACAAGUCCUUAUCUACAAUAAUUGACUUCAGUAAGCUGCUGAAACUCGACCUGGUCGGAUGCACCGGAGCCUUCGUGUUGCUAUCACACAUGACAAAGGCAAUGCCAAACCAGAAAUUCGACCUUACACACGUCGCCUUGAACGAUUUUCUAUCUGCUGGUGCAAUCAUCGAACCUGAAGACGCGGCUCUUACCAAGUUUUUGAAAGCAUGUCCAAACCUGCGUAGUCUCCAUGUCGGCCUCUCAAACCUCGACCCUCUACCGCCAGGGUUGAAACAAUACCUCCAAAGUAGAGGCAAGGAGCUCACGAGUCUGAGUCUAUACUCCAAAACCGAGAUAAUCGACGCCGAAGAAUUCGAUCUUGUCUGCCGGUCUUGUCCCAACCUAGAGCAAUUCGCCGCUGGGAUCGACGAGGAAUUUAUAAUGGCAGAUGGGAUGUGGUACCACAACCUGAGAGACUUCGUAAACUCCCUCCGCCACCUCCCCAAACUCCGUACCCUACACACUCACCGCUCUUCCAUCUCCCUAGUCGGCGGCCUCGGCAACGGAUACGGUAACCGCUGGAACACAUCCAUGAUCUCGCUACAAGUACAAAAGUUCGCCAACCUGGUCUUCGGUGAACUCUACACCGUAAACCCUGAUUUUUGCCUCGAAACACUGAUCGUGGGACACUUGGGUCCGCUCUUGAGGAAGAGCAAUGCGGUCGAACUGGCUAACGGUCGGGAGGUCAAUUCGCAGCAUUAUCUGCCGCAGUUUUGCUUCGUGAGGAGUCGGCAGGAGGAUCUUUUGGGGAGGACGGCGACGACGGGGGUGAUGGUGAGUAGGGCUGUGUUGAAGAGGACGCAUGAUUAUAUGGGUAUUUUGGAUGUGGAUGCUGGAGUGGAGGCGUGGGAGCAAUGGGUUGGUCAGGCUAUCUAG